AUAUUAUUUACUGUAUAUAAUAUAUAUUGAAUAAUAUUUAAAUGUGGUUUUAGAUAUAAUAUUACUAAAUUUCAUCAACAAGAUAUUAAGUGUUAAAAAAUAUAAAGAUAAUUAUUUUGUGAAUAUAAAACAAACAAUAUAAUAAUAGAUUCAUACUUAUACAUAAAAUAUAUAUACAUAUAAAUUAUUAAUUUAUAAUUAUAAUGGGACAAGGAAUCUGUGAUUAGUAUAAAGGGAGGCUAUAGCUAAAGAUUCAAAUCAUCCGAUUAGAAAGCAACGAGAGCUAAAGAGAGAGGGCGUUUUUGUUUUAGCAUUUGUCUUGAGAAUUUUUGCUUUGUAUUCAUAACUCUUUUUUAAGAAAUCUCCUCUACUCUCUCCAAUCAACCGUAGAGAAUGGGUAUCGAAGAAGGCAAUUACAAGGAGCAAAAGGUUCUCACAUGGUGCAAAAGGUUCUCUAUCCGCCGCUUCGCUAGUAUUGUUGGUAUUGUUUUCAUAGGCGGUUGUUAUUAUUUUGGGCUCUUGUGGUUGAUGCAAGCGUCCUUUAGAGAAGAACCAGUUCAGAUUCCGAAGAUAGAACUAGCUUCUUUGGAUUUCACGGUGCUUAAUAUCACAGACACUCGUUUAAGUGCGAAGUGGGAUGUGUCGAUACGGAUCCCCUCAUAUCUUCCUGGUCGCUAUAUAUGUCUUCAAGGAGACCUUCAAGCUUCCUUCAUGUACAAGGAUGUUACUCUUGCUACCUCUUCCCCACAAAAAUACAACAAUCUCAAAUACCGUGAUGCUCAGGUUCUUAAGGUUUCAGCAGGUGUCUCGGGAGAAGGUAUUUAUGGUUUGAUAGGUAAAGAUAUAACUGAAGAUAUGAAAGAGAAGAAGGAAGUGCGGUUUGGAACGCGUUUUUAUAUCACUGAUUGCAGGGAAAAUACAACUGGUACUAUGAGAUAUGCAUGUGAUGAAGUCACGUUGCGAUUCGAACCUGAUUCCGGGAUGAAGGCGGCUUUUUUUGGGAAUAACCCUAGCUGCGUCUUAUUGACCUAACUCCACCUCAUCACCAGUUCAAUGUUUUUUUUGUGUCUUGUGUUCUUCAUCAGAUGAUUGUUACGUUGGAAAAUAUUAGGGUUUUACUUAGGUUUUCUCUGGAAAUAACAAUAUUUUUAAUUAAAUGAUAUUAAAAAUCUUAUAAGGGAAUCGAUAUUCAGCUACAAUCAUUAUCAAGAAAUAAAAAUAAUAAUGAAACUCAAAACGAUAAUUAUCUAAAGAAAGAAACACAACAUUAAAACGAAUUAAAGGACAUAACGCUGUUUCAAAAAAAAAAAAGAACCGGAUAAGUAGGAAGUUCGGUGCGUGACAAACUCUCUCGUAUUCUUGCGCUCCAUGAUAUGUUCUCGUCUCUAUCAAAUCAAAUUGUAUAGAAUAGGAGAUGAUGUUGAUUCGGAACGAAGAGUAAUGGACUCGGUCGUUGCUCUAUCUCUUGUUAAAUUAUUCUAGUGCAAAUAUGUUGUCCUUGUAACUCAGCUCACCAAAACGACCUAGAAUCGUUUUGGGUUUAAAUUAGAGACUGCGCGUUUUAUCAAAUAAGGAAAAUAAAAGUAAAAACAUGAAAUUGGGCUGUCUUUUGUGGAUUUUGGGAAUUUGAGACUAUGGAUUAAGGCCUUUGAAAGAUUACCAUGGGCUAUUAACAACAAACUAUUUACCAAAUUUAUGCAAAUAUUUUUGGGCCCAAAGAAACACAAUCAGGAAAGGAACCAAAUAAGAAAAGAGUAUUAGAGAUUUUAAAUAAAAAAAAUAGGGGCAUUCCGAGAAUUGAACUCGGGACCUCUCGCACCCUAAGCGAGAAUCAUACCACUAGACCAAAUGCCCACGUUUGGAAGCAAAUUAACAGAUAGUUUUAAAAAAACAAAUCUGACAAAAUUAUCCAAAAUUCUCUUUGGUUUACCAUUUUAUCCAACGUAUUAAAAUAGGGUCGAUCAUCAAAUUAACAAAAUGUUAUCUUGAACCGACAAAAACCAACAUUUUUAAAUAGUUUUUUUUUUUCUGCCAAAGAACUUUUUCAAUGUUAGCUCUUGUUCAUAAAUCAGAAUUUACAAAUCUAGAAUAACAAAGAAACACAAAUCCACCUUAAAUCCACAACAUACAAACCAGCAAACAAUUCUCUUACAUAAAAGAUUCAAAAGAAUUUUCCAUAAAUAAGAAAACGUCUAAGAAUUGAAUCUAAUCUAGAUUUGUAUAAACUUCUAACAAACUGGCAAAUUAUUCGUCGGAUAACAUUGAAAAGCCUCGAAGUUACUAAUUCUAGCACAUGACAUGGAUAGUUAUACUUUUACAUUACAUUUCCUAGUUUGUCCUCAAAAUCUCCAAACAAUCACAAAAUGACCACUAAUCACAAGGUCCCAAUCCAAUCCCCUAGCUCUGUGCCCUAAUCAGCAAUUAACCUCACCGGCUAUAACCGGUAACCCAAACCUAUAAGCAACCUAGCAACUGCUGUCUUUAACUUGUUUUUAUUCAUUUUUUU